GACAUCGUAUUAGGGUAUGUUAAAUUAGAAUUCGUCAUUUUGCUCAAUCCGCCACUCAUUUGACUUACCUAUGGAUUGUUACCCCACGCUAAACAUCCUAACGUUCGUUCUACUUGACGAUGACCAUGUGAUCAAAAAAUAGAUUUAUGCAUUGGCUUUCUCCCAUUUGAUCUUUAAAAGUAAAGGAGCACCCCUAGUAUCGACUUUAAGAGGUUAGGAAUAUAUCUAUAACGCUACCUUUAUACAUCGAUAUCGAUAUAUAUAAAUAUAUAUAGACAUAUCCAUAUAAAGGUAUCCAUCUAUAGGUAUUUCACUCUCAUCGUCAUUGUGACUUGCGUUGUUAUUAUAUCAGUAUUUUCUUCACUCAGUCUCAGAAUUUAUUUUUUAAAUUCAUUCAACAUAGGAAAGGGAAAUCGCACCUUUGUCUUAACACUUAUCCAUUAAUCAUUGUCUCACAGGUUAGAUUGUUUGUUUAAAGUGAGCUGCCAUUUGUGGAGAAACUCUGCGGUGGCUUUUGGUUCUCUAUUCUUUAUCUGUAUUUUUUUUGAUUAUUCUAGUAUUUUCUAUCAACAUUCGCUCAGGGACUAUCACCGCCGCCGCACGACCGCGCGCUGAUGGAGGGAAAACAGUCCCGGUCCAAUAAAAAUGCUGGAAAAGAAAUUUCCCACUCCACUUCCGCCGGCACCGCGCGCUCCGAUCCGUUGAGUGGGAUUUUGGGCACGACCGCGAGUUGUAAGUAUAUUAAACGGAAGCUGCUCGGCCAGGGAAGUUUUGGCAGCGCGUGGCGCGUGGAGGAGGCGUCGACGGGCCGCACGUUGGCCGCGAAGGUGAUGGACCUCACCCAAAUGAGCGCGAAGGAUCGCGGAUUCGUCACGAACGAGGUGAAAUGUCUCUCGCGGUGCAAUAAUCCCCACAUCGUGCGCUGCGAGGACUCCGUCGAGAAGGAUGGGAUGCUGCUGAUCGUGAUGGAAUACGCCGACGGGGGGGAUCUGUACCGGCAAAUCAAAGCCCGCCAGCAGUCGAUGCGCUACUUCCGCGAGCACGAGGUGAUUUUCAUCCUCCUGCAGCUGUGCAUCGCGCUGGACCACAUCCACUCGAACAAGAUGAUGCAUCGCGACCUCAAGACGGCGAAUAUCCUGCUCACCACGACGGGGCUUGUCAAACUCGGGGAUUUUGGCUUUUCGCGGCAGUACGAGGACUCCCUGUCCAACACCGUCGGCUCCACCUUCUGCGGGACGCCCUACUACCUCAGCCCGGAGCUCUGGCAUCGCCAAAUGUACAGCAAAAAGAGCGAAAUGUGGUCUCUGGGGGUGGUGUUGUACGAGGUCAUGGCGCUGCGCCGGCCGUUCGGCGGGAACAACAUGGACGAGCUGAUCAACAACAUCUGCAGCUCCAACCGCCGGCCGCUGCCGAAUUACCUGUCGGAGGAGUUGGUCUCGGUCUGCGAUCAGCUGCUCUCGGUGGACCCGGCGAAGCGGCCCUCGCUGCGGGCGCUCUUCCAGCAGCCCUUCAUCACGAAGAACCUCAAGACCCUGCAGCAUAGCGUGGAGCGGCAUAACCGGAUCUCCGAGCAGAUCCGCGCGGAGAUCUCCCACUGCAUCGCCGGCAUCCUCCAGAAGGAGCGGCCGGCGAGCGACGCGGCGGGCCCGGGGCCGCGGCGCGGCGUCGUCAAGCGCCACACGGCCGGCUCCGGCUGGCAGGACUACGAACUCGCCCUCACCGACGAGGACCUCACGAUGCGCUGCGUGGAGAGCGGCAAGACGGAGACCGCGCCGCUCUCCACCCUCACCUCCGUCUGCCCGAUCGACGAGCCCAUCGCGGGCGAGCGCUUCGUCUUCGCGGUGCGAAAGCACUCGGGGAAGGCGUACUGGUUUAAGGUUGCCGAUAAGCCAACCUUCGAGGCGUGGAUGGCCGCCCUUCAGGCCGCCGUCGCGUAG